CCAGGUUAGAUACAAGUCAAUGAAUCCGCGCGGUUUGUGCACGUUGACGUUCUCGAACGUCUCCACUGUUCAGGUGUCGCGUAGGAACGUCUCUACUGUUCAGGUGUCGGUAGCUGCCUUCACUAGCAAUUUGAAGAUUUUGAAGGCUUGCUCGUACUGUAUGUGAAACAAACACGUUUUAAAGCAAAAUGUCUGAGUCGGGGCAUAGCCAGCCUGGAAUGUACGGACAGGGGCGGAGGAGAAGACGACGCCGAGACCGGGAGCCUGGUCUGCCCGGACAGAAUUUAUCCGGUCCUGGUCGUGAGCGUGAAUAUAACGCCCCUCGAGAGCACGGCACGUAUUGCCAUAAGUCAACAGAUGGCAGUGAAGAACCACCCGGCCCUGUCCUUCAAAAGACCCCUAUCAUACUGGCAAAACCCCCUGGAGAGAGGACUAAGCCAAUUCAGAGUGCCCCCGUAAGUACGGCCCUGGAAAAGCCUAUCAUGCUCAUUAAAACCAGGGAGGAAGGAGGGAAACCAGGGACCCCCCCUGAUGUAGCCCUUCCAGCCCCUGGCCCAGGAGCCGCUAAGUUAGAGAGGGAGGGGCAGCGCCCCACCCAGCCAGUGUACCAGAUCCAGAACAGGGGAAUGGGCUCGACUGCAUCCAGCGGCUCCAUGGACCCUGUGAUUGGCCAGACAAAACUCCUCCCACCUGAGAAAAUGAAGCACAGCAUUAAGCUGGUGGAUGACCAGAUGAAUUGGUGUGACAGCGCUAUGGAGUACCUGCGGGACCAGACAGACAUGCUGGUCGUGGGAGUUAUUGGCUUGCAGGGAACGGGCAAGUCCACCAUCAUGUCACUGCUGUCAGCAAACACACCAGAAGAGGACCAGAGGGCCUAUGUGUUCAGGGCACAGAGCCAAGAGAUCAAGGAGCGAGGAGGCAACCAGAGCAGUGGAAUUGACUUCUACAUCACCCAGGAGAGGGUCAUCUUUUUGGACACACAGCCCAUCUUGAGUCCCUCCAUUUUGGAUCAUCUCAUCAAUAACGACCGGAAACUUCCACCCGAGUACAAUCUCCCCCAUACUUAUGUUGAAAUGCAGUCCCUGCAAAUGGCCGCCUUUCUCUUCACCGUGUGCCAUGUGGUGAUUGUGGUUCAGGAUUGGUUCACUGACAUCAACCUCUACAGGUUCCUCCAGACUGCGGAGAUGCUGAAGCCGUCCACCCCGUCUGCCAGCCACGACAGCGCCGGUUCCUCGGGCUCUGAAGAGGGGUCUGAGUACUACCCUCAUAUCGUGUUCCUGCAGAACAAAGCCAAGCGGGAUGAUUUCUGUCCACGGAACCUGAAGAAGAUGCACAUGACCAUGGACAAGCUGAUGGCCCACUCUCACCUUAAAUACAAAGGCACACUGUCCAUGCUGGACUGUAACAUCUUCCCUGGCCUGGGGCGGGACUACCUGGAGACCGAGGUCAACCUGUUCCUGCUGCCACAGCUUGAGAACGAGGGGGAGGACGCUUUGACCAGGGGAGGGCCUGGCUCCACCCCCCUGUUUUCCCUGCUCCCUGGUUACCGGGGACACCCCAGCUUCUCCUCGCUGGCUACCAAGCUGCGCAGCCAGGUCCUGGCCAUGUCUCGCUGCCAGCUCUCCCACACCAUCCUCACUGAGAAGAACUGGUUCCACUACGCUGCUCGGAUCUGGGACGGGGUGAAGAAGUCCUCGGCGCUCUCCGAGUACAGCCGGCUGCUUUCCUAGCGUCCACACAAGCCCCUGCGAUGGCUGCGCCUUACAGUGGAUCGCCGUGGAAACGGGACACCCUGAGCUGCUGGAGGGGACCAGAGACACGUUCGGCUCCGGGGGCAAUGGAGCAAUCCACGUUCCUGAAAUAACCACGGUUUCACCAGAUACAAGCUCUCCUGGAUCUGCUGAAGACCGGAUGUGACGACGUGCCAAGUUCUCACCUGGAGCAUUUUGUGGGACUGCUCCUGUAGCACGUGCCUCAUUUCGGAAGAGGGAACCAGAUGUAGGCUUGUUUCCCACAAGCCAUAGUCACUCAUGUUUUUAGAAAGCGAGCAUUGACAGAAGUGAAACAUCCAAUUUAACAACAAAAAGGUCAAACUCAACGUAGUGCCAUCAGUUCAUAAAGAGUGAAUGCAUAUACUGUGUUUGUGAUUUAUUCUGGAAAAAAAUAUGUAGACCUGCAGACAUACAGCAUUAAAACAUGUAUGUACAGAUUAUAUUGGCUACAGAAUGGUGAACUUCACUGUGCCUUACAUGUGACAUAAAUUAGCUUAAUUUUAAAUAUAAAAUACCCACUCCAACCAUGUAUGUGCUAUACCAGUCCCAAACAGAACAGAACAUGGAUUGUUUCCCUGAAAUGUAGAUGAUUGUCCUUCUAUAAAAUAAGUCAAACCAGCUAUGUAUUUGUCCAUGGUGUGAAUACAUUUUCUGUAUAGACCUGUUGACACAUCCACAUAAAAAUUGAAAAAAGUACUAUAUAUUCCUAAAGAAUAUACAAAGUUUAAUUCCCAUGAAAACGUCCUCAUGAACUUGUAAUGUUUGGCUCUUUCU